GUGACACGCUGAUCGUUGAAGAGGACACAUCCAAACCCAAGGCUGACUCGCCCAUAGUUGCCAAAAGAACGAUGUCGAACUCGGUGAGGGAAACCGUGCCCGUGCUCCUGAGGAGGGUGGUUCCAGCAGAUAACUCCUGUCUCUUCACCAGCGUGUACUACGUGGUGGAGGGAGGCGUUUACGACCCAGCCUGUGCUCCGGAGAUGCGCAGCCUCAUAGCUCAGAUAGUAGCGAGUGAUCCUGAAUCUUACUGUGAGGCAGUUCUGGGGAAAACUAACAGGGAGUAUUGUGACUGGAUCAGAAGAGAAGAGACUUGGGGAGGAGCCAUCGAAGUGUCUAUUUUAUCCAAAUUUUACCAGUGUGAAAUCUGUGUGGUGGACACACAGACAGUCAGAAUUGACCGUUUUGGGGAAGAUGCCGGUUACACUAAGCGGGUCCUUUUAAUUUAUGAUGGGAUUCAUUACGAUCCCCUUGAGCGUAAAAUCCCUGACUCGGACAUCCCUCCCCAGACCAUUUUCUCCACAACUGAUGAUAUUGUUCUUGCACAAGCAUUGGAGCUGGCAGAUGAAGCCAGACGGAAGAGGCAGUUUACCGAUGUGAAUCGCUUUACGCUGAGGUGCAUGGUGUGCCAGAAGGGACUAACUGGACAAGUGGAAGCCAGAGAACACGCCAAGGAGACUGGACACACCAACUUCGGAGAAGUGUGA